AUUUGGCAGGUUCGUCCCUGGAGGGUGUGUGUGUACGUAUGUCUGAGACUCGCUAAGCAACGACCUGCAAACGGGCAUCCGAGCCAGUCCGAGCCAAAAAGAAAAAAAAACAGGAACCACAUUAUUUUUCGGGUGUCUUUGCAAUGUUACCGAAGAUAUCUCUACACCGCCUGCUUUGAUCUCGUCGAAGUUGUCGUCUCUCCAGACGUCGACCACAAAACCCAAACAAGAAAUUAAUGCAUCUUGCUCCGCGUUCCUGUUUGUUUUGACCUGUGUAGCUAGAAGGGAAUCCUGCUAGAGGGAUUAGCGGUCCGUCAAUGAGGAACUACCGGCUCAUCUUCUGCCACAACCUGAAGCAGCCAUAGAUGGUUCAGUGGUUCACUGGCCAGGGGAGGAGAGGAUAGCACACACUUUCACUGCUACACGACGUGAGGUCUUGGCGGGUUUGUGGUGAGGAGGAGGAGGAGGCCAUGAGGAAGAGCGUGUCUCUGUUGCCAGGCAAUGAGGGCGGGAGCUCAGCCAGCACCACACGGGUUUUUGGCGUUCCAUUGGAGGAGGUGUCACGCACACACACAAUCAGUGGCCACGAGGUUCCUGCACUGGUGAAACACAUUGUCGACUACAUUGAGGAGCAUGGUCAUCUGGACCUGGAGGGGCUCUUCCUGGUUAAUGGCAACGCAGAGCGUGUGGAUUGGCUGCGUCAGCGCUACGACAGUGGUGAAGAGGUGGAGCUAGAGAAGGAGGCAGACCUGGCAUCAGCGGUCAGUUUGCUCCGACUCUUCCUGCAGGAGCUUCCUGAGCCCGUUAUACCAACAGCGAUACAGGGACACAUACUACAGCUACACCAAGAGUACAGUAAUGAAGAGGAGCUGUGUAGAAACUUGAAGUACCUGCUGCAGCAGCUUCCCCAGCUGAACUACGGCCUGUUGCGUUUCCUGUGCCGCUUCCUGGCCAGUGUGGCAUCACUUCAGCAGGAGAGCUGGAACGUUGGGGCGCUGGCCGCCGUCUUCGGACCAGACAUCUUCCAUCUGUCAUCAGAAGGAGAGGACCUUCGGGACCAGGAGUCUGUCAGCAGAGUCCUGGCAGAGCUGUUAGACAACCAGGAGGGCCUAUUCGACUCAGAGGACGAUGACGUCUCCACUACGAACGACUACAGCUCCAUUAAUGAACAGAUCACAGAGCUGUUGGAUGACGACAAGUGUGAGGCAGAAUGUGAAGAGCUGCCUCAGGACGGGGAGGAGGGUCCUGCCUCCUCCGACUCACCACAACACACACACAGUGAUGACAGCCCUGCAGCCAGCUCCCACCUCUCCCCUAUAUCCAUCCUGCCUGCUGACUCUGCUGAGAUAAUUCAGCGAACCAUCAGGGCUGCAGUGGAGCAGCACUUCUUUGAGCUGAAAACCUCCAUCGACCAAGACCUCAGCAACUACGACAGCCCGGGGGUGAGUCCCAGUGAGCCUGCUGAAGAGGGUUGCCAUGGAGACGAGGAACAACAAACGGACCCUGAGGACAGUCCCUGCGACACAGAAGGGGAUACCCCACUCACAGAAAAUGAGCAACACAUACAACAAAGCCAGACCGUCACACAGGAUUCACCGGACUCUGGUGCCACCCUGGAGGAGAGCUUGGGAAUGGACCUGGAUGCAGAGGCUGUCAGAGAUGCUGAGAACAACAUCAGUACUGCCAGGCAGGACAAUCAAACCUGUGACACCAUGGAGCAGACCGACACUAUAAGCUGUGACUUGAGUUCAUGCCGCUGCGAUCAGAACGCCAACACCAGCGAGACCAAUAGGAAUCACCUGUCGCCAUGCCAACCAAACUCUGGCCACAAUCCCCACCUCCAACUCUUUCCUGACAACCAGUGGGAAGCGUCACCUCCCUCCCAUCUCCACCUCCCUCCCAUAGACUUCUCAUGUAUGCAUCUGCAAAAAGAAGGCCAAGACCCCAUCCCGGCUUACAAAUCCUGGCAGGAUGACAGCGAGAGUGGAGAGGCACAGCUCUCCCCCCUGGCUGGUCGCAUGGUUCCUCUCCCCCCGCUGCCCCUGGAGGAGGAAGGCGAGGAUGAGGAGGGGGAGGGAGGGCAGGACGCCUCCCCCUCUUCUUCACGCUCCCACCCUCACCUUCUAGCCCGACGCUUCCUCGACUUUGGAGCGCACGGUGCCCAACGCUUCCUCCAGCAGGACCCAGACGCCACCUCACCCACCAAAGCACAGAGUUUGUGGUGCACUUUGAUCAGGCCGCGGCGAGCAUCGUUUGGCUCCAAAGAGGCGAUGAGAGGAGGAGAUUCAGUGACCCACCAACUCACCAAGAAGCUACAACAUCUGAAGAAGAAAAUCAAACAGUUUGAAGAGCAGUUUGAGAAGGAGAGGAACUAUAAGCCCUCUCAUGGAGACAAGGCAGCUAACCCCAAAGUCCUCAAGUGGAUGACCGACCUCACCAAGAUCCGCAGGCAGAUUAAAGGACGCCAGCACCACCUUUUACCCAGAAGCACGCUGAGGCACCAGGCUUUGCUCCAUUCACACAGACGCCACCAUGCUCCCUCCUCCCCUUCCUCCUCCUCCUCUAUCUGCUCACCUCCCCAUCACACACUCACCCCCCCGCUCCACCCCUACUCAGGCCUGAGCUCUAGACCGUUUCACCUCAAUGCCAAACACCGUGCAGAGAGCGAGCUCGGCCCCCAGACUCGUCCUCGGAGCAACACCUUGCCCAAGAGCUUUGGCUCCACACUGGAUCAGGGUGCCUGCGAUACAGCGGGGGAGGUAAAAGGUCAGCGUCCCACCAGGGAGGAAACACUGGAGCUGAUCCAGCGCAGGGUCAAAGGGAAGCGGCAGGAGGACGGCUGGCCUGAUGACAUCAAAAAGAUGACAAAGGAGCAGUUGUCCUGUGAGAAGACAGUCCUGCAGAAGAACCUGCUGCACUAUGAGGGCCUGCAUGGUCGACCGGUGACCAGAGAGGAACGUCUGGUGGUGAAGCCUCUCUACGAUCGCUACAGAUUGGUCAAACAGAUGCUCACCAGAGUUAGCAUCACACCUGUCACAGUGUCCCCUUCCAGUAAGAGGCGGAGUCAGACCCUCCAGCCAAUCAUAGAGGGUGAAACUGCUCAUUUCUGGGAGGAGAUCAAAGAGGAGGAGGAGGACGAGCGUAAAGGUGGUGGUGGAGAAGAAGAUGAUAGGGAGGAUGAGAGGGAGGAGGAGGAAGAAGAUGAGGAAGAGGAGGGAGAGAGCAGUGGUGGGGAGAUGCAGAGCUCCGAGGUCAUCAUGGCCGUUGACCUUGUGUCCCCGACCGACAGGCAAGUGAGGAGCCAGAACCAACAAGACAGCGACGGUGACUGUCCAAUGAGAGCCAAGCUUGAGGAAGGGUCAGGGAGGCUGGCGCUCGACCUGCGACUCUCCAGCUCCAACGCCUCAUCCAUGCCAGAGCUGCUGGAACAGCUGUGGAAGGCCCGCGCAGAGAAGAAGAAACUGAGGAAGACCAUCAGAGAGUUUGAAGAAGAUUUCUAUCAGCAUAAUGGAAGAAAUGUUCAGAAGGAAGACCGAGUGCCGAUGAUGGAGGAGUACAGAGAGUACAAGAGGAUCAAGGCCAAACUCCGGCUCCUGGAAGUCCUCAUCAGCAAACAGGAUUCCUCCAAAUCCAUCUAGACCCGCCCUCCUCAGACACCCGCUAACAACGCACACAUCAACCGUCAUCGCUGCUGAGAGGACCCGCCCAGGACGUCCACCAGUCUGUCGGACAUCAUCACACCUGGAAGGGAUUCACAAGCACUCCAGCUAACAGUAACCACAACAAGGCGAGUCGUGACUAUCAGUCAGACUUCAUGAUCCCUGCUAGGUCUGGUGCAGUCAUGUCAUGGAGAAAACUAAAUUAGAGUGAAGUGCUGGGUCAGAGUUACAGUAUACUUUCUUUUUACUUUCCUUCCUGAAUGCAGGAAACUUUCCAGUAACAUUUUGAGGGACUUUCAGACCUUACCUGUUCUUCAACAACAGGAACCAAGGUGAAGUUUUGCUUCUUGAGUCAUAGUUUCUGCCCAUAGAAAGUCCCUGAGGUAGCACUUUCUGAUGGCCUAGAAACCAAUCAACUAUUUAUGACUGGUCGAACAGCACACAACAAGACUGCUGCUGUUUGUGUACGCCAUUCAUUCGGACUGCAACCAAACCCUGGUUGUUGGUAAUAUCAGUAUUAGAACGAGGGAAGGAGAAAUUCUUCCUGACAAGUCAAGAAAAAGUAGUAAGCAAAUUAUUUAACAGAAACAUUUCAAAUGCUUUUUACUACUUAGUUGGUCUAAUCUGCCAAAUCUUUGCGAGUCUUGUGGCAAAAAGUAAAGAUGAAUGUGCUACAAUCACUUUUAGCUGCUGAGUUAAUCUGUGGUGUUUGUAGUUAUUUAGCUAAAACCUGUUUGUUUUUGUUUUUUUUUAGCAUUUUGACCACAAAAAUCACUCAAAACCUAACUUUUGUUGAUUUAAAAGAAUACAUCAUUAUCUAUACUACAGCUGUUUUUCUUUGUUCAGUAGUAUGGACAAAGAUGACAUUUCCCCAUGACAUGACUGCAGCGCCACUACCAGUCAAACUUAAAUUCGCUCCGAUCAGCCACAGCAAAUCUCUGCUGCCUCAUCCGACUUCAUAUCAUCUAAAACACGGCCGCAGGUUAGAUACAGAGAAAAAUGAAUCAUCACUGUUCGUCUUCAUCAUCCCACCAACGUGACAUAAGACUUUGCACUUGUCUUCUCAUGUUUCAUUUCCUCAACUUCUGCGGAAAAAUAACAAACAGUCUGACUUUUUUAUUUCACAAACUUUUCUGUUGUCGGUCUUUGUUCUUCACGUUUUUUUUUCCUCCACGCCGAGGAAUCUUAUCGGACAGCUCUGGACUGGCAUUUUAGACUCUCUUCAUUCAAGACAUGCAUUUGUUUGUUUAUUUGGGACAUUGUUCAGUGUGAAAAGUCCCUCUUUCUCCCUGCUUCAGCGAGUCACGAUUUCUUAAACCUGCCUCCUUGGUGCGAGGCGAUUGAUUAUUUUAUUCUGUAAGUAGAACUUCAUCUAACAUCUUCAUAUCCCGGAUGCUUCUGACUGAUUUUAAAAUUAAUUCACAAAGUUUAAAAACAUGUUUGUGCGUGUAUUCUUGUUAAAAAAAAAAAGAAUUGUACUCAUACGUGUUUGAGAGACACUGUUCAUGUUGAAUGAAAAAGAAUAUCUGUUGUAUUCCAAGGGAAAAUGAAAAAAAAGAAAUUGUAUCACUUCCCAGUGUGACCUUGGAGCUGUUGUGAAAGACUGAUUCUUAUUUUCUUUAUCAUUUAUUUCUUUUCUCCAGCAUUUUCCCCGAAUCUUUGUUUCUAUUUUGGCACCACUUGUCAGGAAAAUGUACAGAAGGUUGGCAUAUGGUGAUGUUACAUGUUUUUCUUCUUUGCAAACAACAAAAAAUAGUUUCCUAUGAGACUCUUACUCUGCUUUUAAGUUGUCAUAAGCUACAAUGUCUGGGUUUUCAAGUCAGCACUGACAGCACUUAAAGGCAGCAUUAGACGGAAGAUGUUCAUAGGAAACAGUCCUACUCAGAUUUGGAAAUUUUAUAAUAUAGAUGGAUACGGUUGUUGCAGAAAUCAUCUGGGAAAUUCUGGACUAGUUGUGGCAGGUUCAGAGGGAUUAUGGGUGAUAAACGCUGAGCAAGUAUCUGUUCCAUGUUGCUUCUUCUUCUCUGAAACCUAAGCAUGUUGAUUUUAGGUGAAGGUAGGAAGGUCCGACCAGGUUUUGUAUCAGGUAGGGAAGAGCAGGAAGCAGUUGCUGUGCAGCUGCAUCUGUGGUUCCUGGUUGAAGCUUGACUGUAGCUUUAAAGGCUGUUUUGUAUCGAUGAGGCACCGACACUGCCAGCACUGAUUUUAAAUGCAGAGAAGCAGCUCCAUCUGUGGUUAACUCAUAUUCUUCCCCAAAUGAUGAUGUCUUGUUUCACAGAGAUGGUGCUGGAGGUCUGAUAAAAGCUUUAGCAUAAUGUCCACAACACAGAGAGGGAAGUUUUACAGCGAAGAAGGUAAACACAAAAGCAACCUCAGCUGCGUUUCUGUCCAUGGUCAGAUCUCCAGUUCCAGUGAAGUUUCAUUUCCUGCUGGCAGGUAAAAUGAGAGCAGGAGAAAGUCAAUUUUGCGGUUUGAUGCAUGCCAACAAGUUUGUCCUCUUUGUUUUUCUUCUUCUUCUUAGAGGCCGUGUUGUCUUGUAUAAGAUCAGAUUCAAAGAUAUCACAGUGUGAUUUUAAAAUGUGGGAUGAAGAAAUUUCUAACAGAUGCUGAAUUUUGGGUUUAGCUGGUAAGUUAGUGAACCAGCUGUUCAGGAGGUCAAGUUCUGUUAUCACAACCUCAGUGACUGGUUAAUUGUGGCAUGUUGUAGCUAUUGAAGGCAGAUACGACAAAAAUUGUGCUUUUCUUACUGUAUCGAUGUACAUUUACCUGCCAGAAUCACAGCUGACUGCAGUCUUUUCAGUGGACGGCAGAGUUGACGGUCAAAGGUUUGAAUGAGACUAAAAGUUGAACUUUUUCUGUUUGUGAACAAAAUGAGGGAGGGAGGGAGGGAGGGAGGGUGCAGUGUGUUUGCCUGGAUGGUAAAAGAGGUUAUUUGAUGUAAAAAGAUGUUAUUUGCACAGCAUUCACAGAAUGCAGCCCUUUUGUGUUUUUUCAUUUGUAUUUCUAAAAAUGAAGCACUACUUCUAUACAAAUAUAAAUAUAUACUGUACAUAAAAACACCCGAAGGAAUGAAUGUCAGAAAUGUUAAAUUAUUUCAAACAUUACGUUUGGCCCCCUUUGGUUCAUUAUAUUUGUGAUGCCCUGAGAAUGUGUUUUUUUAUCAUAUAAUAUUACUAUUACUAUCAUAACAAUUAUUUUGUGUGAUAAUAACGAUAAUAAUCCUUUUGUAUCUACUCACUAACUGUAAAACCAGCUGUAGAAGUUAGUCUGGCACUGUGUGUGGCUAAUCAAACAUGAACCUUCUCUGUUUUCUGAUUUAUUUUGUCGCUCUGUGUAAUAUAAGUUCAAAUAGAAGCAGUACUGUAGUGAGCUUGCAUGGCAUCAAGAACAUAAUAGUACAAAAAAUAUUAUGUAUUGUUUCUGUUAUUUGUGCCAUGAAGAAGCAGCAAUAAUAAAACUUUGCGUGGAGGUUUUACAGUAUCCAGUCAUGGGUAAUGAUGGGUUGGAACAACUGUGUGAAUAUUUGAGGUACAAUUUUUUUUUUUUUUUUUUAAAUCUAGUUUAACAGUUUUCAGCCUGACACACUCUGCUUAGACAUUGUGUUUUUACCACUGUUGUCAGCAUAAUGUUCAUGUUGGCGCUGCUGAAAUACCAAAAUAUGAAUAAAUCUGUUAAACAAGAAGGUGAACAGGGAUUGAAAAGCCAACGACAGAUGAGUCGUACCAGAAAACAUUCCAGUUUUUAAUCAUCAUUUAAAAAGUGGAAACAAUCUAUCAUCUGUCUCUGAAGGGCUUUUCUUUGAGUUUUUACAUUUGAUUUGUUUUGCGCCUCAAUUCCUUUUUUUAAAUCAACUUUUUGUUUUACAUCGUGCCAGCAACAGAGUGGUAAAAUGUCACAUGUGGUUCACACGUAAACUGUAAAUGUAUUCUGUCUCUGUCAGUGUACAGUAUGUUUCAUCUCAUACUUACCCAUCCAUCAUGCAUGGUGGUUUCACACACCUGGGAUUCACAGCAGAGGUCAGUGUCAAAGAUCUCACGGCUCCUCCUGGAAGAAAUGAUCAGUUUUUUUGGUCAAAACAGCAAUGCAAGACAUCAAAUAUAUAUCUUACAAUUCUGUUAAGGGAUUUUGAGUAAAUGGAAGCCUUAAAAUGUUAAGGACAGAUGGUCUUGUUUCUUAGACUUGAUCAGGAAAGCUGGAAAAUGAAAAGUCGGGGCUGAAGAAACAGAUUUGUGCUGACAGUGUUUAGAUUUCUGUUCUAUUCACAAACUCCAGUCACAGAUGAAUUUAUUUUCUUUACGACGUCUUUGACAUUGAAUUUUGCUAUAAAUUCCUUCGAUCAGAGGAUUGCGAGAGAGACAGGUUGUAAACGGCUCUCUCUUGCUUCCUCUCGGUGAUCUGUGUUUUAUCACAUCUAUAUAUUGUAUGUAUCUGUAAAUGUUUUCAUACUUUGUGAAUGCUUUUUUCUGUUAUUUCUUCAUUAACAAAAAGGAUGAGAAAAUACAAUCAGUAACAUUUACACAUGAAAAUAAAAUUGACAAGCUUGCCA